GUUUCUCGUUUCUCAUUUCUGAAGCUCUUCAUCUUCACUAACAGACAUAGUGCCAGUGACCUGCUCCUCUUCGCUUGGUCUUCCUCAUCCUUAUCCUCCUUUUUAUCUUUCUUUAGUUUUGAUAAUAAAGAUUUCAGAUAUUUAAAAAUACAUUUAUGAGUUGAAAACCCAAAUAAAUCAACUAUAAAAAAAUAUUCAGGAAGGCAACUGCUUUGACUUGGAUACAAGUAACUUAACUAAUCACAACACGUAUCUAUCUGCCUUUGGCAUUGUUCACCACUUUGUCUCCAUGCCUUUGGCUCUGUUCACACUUUUCCUUGAUUUUAUCUAGUUAUCCAGCCCAAGAUUCAAUAUAUAUGUGUACUCAGCAUAAUUGUUAUGAAACAAAGAGAUUUAAGCAGUAGUAGAAGCCAUGGACAUAACAAUUUCUAUGAUGUCUGGUAUUCUGGUAGGAGCUGUCACAGUUUAUCUUGUGGCAACAAUUCUACUAAAACACAAUGGAGAAAAUAGGAACCAUCUUCCUCCAGGCCCCAGAGCUCUUCCUAUUAUUGGCCACUUUCAUCUUCUCAUGGAUAAAACCAAGCCAAUUCAUCAGAUUCUAAGUUCACUGUCAACACUCUAUGGACCUAUUAUGCAUCUUAAAUUUGGUAGCUGCCCUGUUUUAGUGAUAAGUUCUUCAGAUUUAGCCAAAGAAUCCUUCACAGUAAAUGAUAAAUCUUUUGCAUCUCGCCCUCGGCUUGCACAAGGUGAGUAUUUGAGCUACAAUUAUUCUAUGCUGGGUUGGGCUCCUUAUGGCCCCUAUUGGCGAAAUGCUAGAAAAAUCUGUGUGCUUGAGCUCCUCUCUUCCAAAAGAAUCCAAUCAUUCGGACCCAAAAGAAUGCAAGAAAUUAAGAAAGCAGUAAAUUCUUUGCUUCAGCAAGCACAGUUGCAGAGUAUUGUGAACAUGAGAAGUGUUCUUUCAAAAUUGACUUUUAAAGUUAUGAUGAGUAUGAUUAUAGAUGAGAGGUAUUUUGAAGAGGAAUCAGGGUUUUCGGUGGAUUUAGUCACACAUCUGAUUGAAGAAUCAUUUAUGCUUCAAGGAGUAGUUGAUAUUGGGGAUUAUAUUCCCUGGCUGAAGUGGUUUGAUUUGCAAGGGUAUGUGAAGGCUAUGAAGAAGGUAAAUGAGAAAAUAGAUUUGUAUAUGCAGAGGAUUGUGGAGAAGCACAGGGAGAAAAGAUUAAAAGAUGGGGAAGAGAUGGAAGACUUUGUUGAUGUGUUGAUCUCUCAGGCAGAAGAGUACGGUGAGGCAAUUCCUGAUAAAGAUGCAUUUAUCAAGGCAACUGCUAUUGUUAUGUUUACUGCAGGAUCUGAUACAUCUUCAGUUGCCAUAGAGUGGGCAUUGUCAAUGCUAUUGCGACAUCCCCAUGUAAUGAGGAAGGUACAAGAAGAACUUGAUUCUAAAGUUGGAAGGAAUAGAUUGGUGGAGGAAUCAGAUAUACCCCAGUUAACAUACCUACAAGCAAUAGUGAAAGAGACCAUGCGCCUUCAACCACCGGGGCCUUUGCUAAUGCCUCACAAAUCUAUUGAGGCUUGCACAGUGGGAGGCUACCAUAUUCCUGCAGGAACAAUGCUGAUGGUAAAUGCAUGGGUAAUUCAUAGGGACCCAAAACUGUGGAAUAAACCACUGGAUUUCAUACCAGAGCGCUUUAUGGAGAAAGGGAUAGAGAUGGACAACAUACAAAUGAGAGGGAAUGAAUUUGAGAUGCUUCCAUUUGGGGCAGGGAGAAGAGGAUGUCCUGGUACUACUUUGGCAAUAUGCAUGGUGCAAAUAACUCUUGCAAUUUUGUUGCAGAGCUUUGAUUGGUUUGUUCCAGAUGGAAGAGUCAUUGACAUGAGUGAAGGAGUUGGCUUGACAAUGCCCAGGGCAGUGCCUUUGGAGGUUAUCAUCAAGCCUCGUCUUUCCCAUCAUUUGUACCAGAAAUAGGUCUAGAAGACUAGAAUUGAAUAGUUGAUCUUCUCUGUUUUAUUUUCAUUAUCUUUUAAUUGCAGAAUACAAAUCAUAUCAGUACAAAGCGCUUCAGUUUAAUGCUAAUGAUUACUAAUUUCCUCCAAUGUUUUAGAAUAAGAAGAUUUCCAGAGGAAUAUAUGUCUCUAACUUUUUCUUAAGGAAUUUUUGUAGAGGCUUUUGAAGCUGCUCUUACCAUACUAUUGCCAUGUAAUCUUGUCAGAUACUGUGAAUAUAAUGAUAUCCACUAUUUUUGGGGUUUCUUUCA